AUGCAGCUUGGCGUGCUCGGGCGUAGGCUUGCACUGUACCACAACCAUGUAGCGAGGCUUGUUCCUCGGAAGGGCGAUCGUGUCGUCGUCGCGAUGUCGGGCGGAGUAGACUCGUCGGUGGCCGCGAGGCUGCUCUCUGAAAAGGACUACGACCUGUCCGCCGUGUACAUGCGCAACUGGGACACGCGCGACGAGUCGGGGACCGACAGCGGCUGCGAGUGGAAGAAGGACUGGGCGGAUGUCCAGCGUGUGUGCGACAUGCUCAGCAUCCCCUACAGGAUGAUCGACCUGUCCCGCCAGUACUGGACGCGCGUCUUCGAGCCCGCCCUCCGCAUGUGGGAGGCGGGCGCGACGCCGAACCCUGACAUAUGGUGCAACAAGGAAGUCAAGUUUGGCGCGCUCAUGGAACAUCUCACCGACAAAGCUUCCUGGCUUGCCACAGGCCAUUACGCCGACAAAUCCUGGUCUCCCAUGCCCACCCGUCUGUCGUAUAUGUUGUCUGGCGAUCACCAGGUGCCCCGUCCGCAACUCUUGCGACCAGCGGAUAGGUCCAAAGACCAGACUUACUACCUCUCGGCCAUACCGGAGGCGAGCCUCGCGCGCUCAAUCUUCCCGCUAGCCAGAAUUAGCAAGCCCGAGGUGCGUGCGCUUGCGCGGAAGUGGAGGCUUCCGACCGCGCAGAGGGAGGAGAGCAUGGGUAUAUGCUUCGUUGGAGAGAAAAGGAAAUUUGACGACUUCAUUUCCCAGUACAUUACACCUAAUCCGGGCCCAAUAAUCGAUCUCGCGACGGCGAAGGCUCUGGGCACGCAUCACGGUCUAUGGCAGUACACCGUCGGUCAGGGAGCGAAAAUACGAGGCAUGCCGGAGAAGAUGUACGUCGCGAAAAAGGAUGCCGAGAAGAACGAAAUAUAUGUGGUUGCUGGCUCAAAUCAUCCCGCGCUAUAUCGCGCAGACAUCAUCGCGACGGAUUGGCGAUGGAUCUGGGCUGACGCCCCUCCAGCGGGGAUUGAUGAGGGAGGUUUCCGCGGCCGAAUUCAGGUUCGGCAUCGCAUGAUGGACGUGCCGUGUGUGGUGCGCAGAGGGGACGCGGAGGGCGCCCUGCGAAUCACGUUCGACGCGCCGCAGAAGGCCGUUGCGCCCGGCCAAAUCGCCACGGUGUGGGACGGAGAUUGGUGCCUUGGCUGCGGCACCAUUACAUGA